AUGAGCAGCCACCUCUCCCCCGGCGAAUCCUUCCUUAUCCACGGUGGAUCAAGCGGAAUCGGUACAUUUGCUAUACAGAUGGCAAAGCACCUCGGAAUCAAGGUUUUUGUUACUGCAGGAAGCCAAGAGAAACUAGAUGCUUGUGCAGGUUUGGGUGCGGAUGUAUGCAUAAACUACAAAACCGAAGACUUUGCAGCAUGUAUCAAAGAAGAAACUAAUGGAAAUGGAGGUGAUGUCAUUCUGGACAACGUCGGCGGAUCAUAUCUCCAGCGCAAUCUGGACAGCUUAGCAGUUGAUGGUAGGCUUUUCAUCAUUGGUUUCAUGGGAGGCAGCGUGACUGAAGUGAACCUGCAGGCGAUGCUUGCCCGAAGAUUGACCAUACAAGUUGCUGGGCUGCGGAGCAGAAGCCUUGCCAAUAAAGCUCAGAUCGUCAGCGAGGUGGAGAGAAAUGUAUGGCCAGCCGUUGCGUCGGGCAAUGUGAAGCCGGUGGUUUACAGGACACUCCCUCUAUCUGAGGCAGCUGAAGCUCACAAGCUGAUGGAGUCAAGCUCCCACAUUGGCAAGAUACUACUGAUUCCAUGA